AUGGCCGCAUUCACCGUAUCUGCUACGGACGUAAAUGUAGAGGACGAGUUUUUCUAUUCCACAGAUCGUGCUUAUGAGAUGUUCAUGCAUGGUUACCAAUCCUACAUGACGUACGCUUAUCCAGCAGAUGAACUCAUGCCGUUAUCAUGUCGAGGACGAAUACGUGGAGUCACUCCAAGCAGAGGAGACGUCGAUGAUUCUCUCGGGAACUUCUCUCUGACGCUAAUUGAUACGUUGGAUACGUUAGUGGUCAUCGGUGAUUUGGAUGAAUUCGAAAGGGCUGUGAAGUUGAUUGUGGACAACGUCCGGUUUGAUUCCGAUCUCAUUGUGUCGGUGUUCGAGACCAACAUACGUAUCCUUGGAGGUCUUCUCUCUGGGCACCUUAUGGCCGAAUUGGUUCGAAGCAAAGACCCUAAGCGGUUGCAAUGGUACAAUGAUAGGCAACUGCUGAAAAUGGCCAUAGACAUCGGGGAUCGUCUGCUACCUGCCUUCAAUACGUCUUCGGGUCUUCCUUACAGCAGGAUAAACCUUCGCCACGGCAUGUUGGAGCAUCUUAAACGACAAAAAGAUACGUGCACCGCAUGCGGAGGAACGAUGUUGCUAGAAAUGGCGGCCUUAUCAAGGCUUACUGGAAACGGUAUAUAUGAGGAAAAGGCCAGAAAAGCCAUGGAUUUCCUGUGGGGUCAACGACAUCGGGCGUCAGAUUUGAUGGGAACUGUUUUGAAUGUUCAUUCUGGCGACUGGGUCCGGAGAGAAAGUGGUAUUGGCGCAGGAAUUGACUCCUAUUACGAGUACUGUCUCAAGGCCUAUAUUCUUCUAGGCGACAAAAGUUUUUUGGAGCGUUUUGAAAGGCAUUAUGAAGCGGUGAUGAGGUACGUUAACAAAGGUCCUUUAUUUGUUGAUGUUCACAUGCACAGACCUACAGUGGCGACUCGUUCAUUCAUGGAUGCUUUACUGGCAUUUUGGCCUGCCCUUCAGGUCUUGAAAGGCGAUGUUAAACGAGCUAUCGAAAUGCAUGAAAUGCUUUUCCAAGUAGUUCGGAAACAUAAAUUCCUUCCUGAAGCGUUCACUCAUGAUUUUCAAGUACAUUGGGCUGAGCAUCCUAUUCGUCCAGAGUUUAUAGAAAGCACUUAUUUCCUAUAUCGAGCCACAAAGGAUCCUCAUUACUUGGAGGUUGCCAAGCAGGUAAUGGAUAGCAUCAAUGACUACGUGCGGGUCCCAUGUGGAUUUGCUGGCGUAAAAGAUGUCCGAACAAUGUCGCACGAAGACAGAAUGGACUCCUUCGUUCUUUCGGAAACUUUCAAAUACCUGUACAUGAUUUUUGCGGAGCCUUCAGAACUGAUCUUUGAUCCAGACAACUAUGUACUUACAACAGAGGCUCAUUUCCUGCCUUUAAACAUUGGUAACGAACAGAACGAGGUUCCACGGCGCAUGCUCAUCCACCCGGAUGACAUAUCAGUGUCGUCCAAAGAAUUCUAUGUAUAUGCAAAUCCUCCCGGUGCUAACCAAUAUCCCACGGAAGCCGAGGAAGCGCUGAGGAUUCGCGAACGAACACAGGGUGUUCUCGAAGAAUUGUUUGAUAUGCAGCGACAACAACAAUCCUCUCAGCAACCUCUGCAAUGUGUCAAGCCGUCGGAACGGCUACGGGCAUGGGCGUUUUCUGCAAGUAAUGCCGAACAUAUCAAGCAGUUGAGACAAAUGGGCAUCGAUGUACAAGUUCACGAUGACGGCCGCAUGCAUUUGAGCCAUCAAACAAGUGAUGCCAUCAGCCCACAAAUGGCGAAAUGUGGCAUAGAAUUCAUGCAAGAAAUGCUGCAAUUAACUUCGCAAAGAGAAAGUGAAUCUGCAGCAGAGUUUCGUGGUCACCGUUAUGUCCAGAUCCUUUCUGCGCCAUACUUUGGUGAACCAGUAUUUCGUGCAGCUCCUGCACAAUACGGUGCUGAUCUGGAGGGUUCACCGGUUGAAGGUGAACUUGUUAUCGCGGAACCAUUACGGGCAUGUUCUCCUCUGACGAACAAGGACAGAGUUCGUGGACGAAUUGUUUUGAUAGAACGGUCCGAUUGUAUGUUUCAAGAAAAGUCACGUGAAGCUCAACUUGCUGGGGCUGUUGGUGUUAUUGUUGUUGAUCACAUCCCUGGUACAUCAUCGGCCAAUGAGCCAUCGUUUGCCAUGGCGGAAGACAAGGAUUCGCCCGACGACAUUGUUAUCCCAUCGUUAUUCGUCUAUCACAAGGAAGGCCAUCAACUACUGAAGGCGGUUAGAAGUGGCCGUCCAAUCGUAGUUCGACUCAGCGCUGCUCCUGCUAUACCAAACUUGGUGAUGGAGCAAUUCUUGACGUCCGGAUUACCCCCUUCAGUGGAGGAUAACAUGAUAUGCUUGGUUUCUGAAGGUGACUUUAUCUACAUUGACAGCGAGGUCCCGGCUGUCACAUUCAAUUUUCGGUUCGAAUCUGUCACCCAGUCAAGUGAACCUCACGUUCAUCAAGAGAUUGUCGAAAGACACGUCAUGAUUUUACAAGAUGCGAUCGCUUUUGAUCAUCCAGGGCAAAGAGCCACUUUCUUCAAUUUAAUGCGGACAGCAGCUUAUGGUGCUCUUGGUUUGAACGUGGAGGAUGAAGAUUUGAAAACGGUGGAACAAGCGUUACGGGAAGCAUAUGUAUUGCAUUUGCCACCACAAGUUCAAGAGUAUUUAAGAGUCUUAUAG